CCCAACUUCUGCCUGCCCUGCGCCACACUUCAAAUAACCUUCCGCUUCACUUUCGACCAACAUCUACAUCUCUCCUCUUUCACUCACCAACUGAAGUGCAGCCGUUUGCUCGCUCGCUUAGCCCGUACUUUAAAGCCGCCCCCGACCUGUGCUCUUCUACGCCGCCCAUCCGCUUCCACGACUCAGAAGCUCCGAACCGGACCCCGCGACCCUCUUGAACUUCUACGACCUUUGAGCACCUGCAACUCUACACACCACACUUCUCGCCCCCAACCACCACCGUUCCCCCUUUCCUGCAUUCACAAUGGCCGCCGCUACUCAAAAGAUUACUCUCACCACCUCCGAUGGCGUCGACAUCAGCGUCGAGCGCCAGGUUGCCGAGCGCUCCAUCCUGAUCAAGAACCUGCUGGAGGACCUUGGCGCCGACUCUGGCGAGGCCAUCCCCAUUCCGAACGUGAACGAGCAGGUGAUGCGCAAGGUCAUCGAAUGGUGCGAGCAGCACAAGAAGGACCCGCCCGCCUCAACCGAUGACGACUCGGACUCCCGUAAGAAGAGCACCGACAUCGAUGAGUGGGACCAGAAGUUCAUGCAGGUCGACCAGGAGAUGCUGUUCGAGAUCAUUCUGGCCGCAAACUAUCUGGACAUUAAGGCCCUCCUCGACGUUGGCUGCAAGACCGUUGCCAACAUGAUCAAGGGCAAGUCUCCCGAUGAGAUCCGCAAGACGUUCAACAUCCAGAACGACUUCACGCCCGAGGAGGAGGACCAGAUUCGCCGUGAGAACGAGUGGGCCGAGGAUCGCUAGAUGUGGUGCCUUUGGCGGGACCGUUAUUUCGUCGGUGCGGGUCGCAACUCCCCCUCCUGACCUCCCUGAUGACGCCAUUCUCAUUACCACCAAUACCGUUGUCCAGUAUUCGUCCGCCGCCGACGAGCUCGAGUAGAGUGCAGAGGAGGAUAGCGGGCACGAUUUAGGAGGGGCUCUUAAUGAUACGGUGCAUGCCGGAAUGGGUCUGUCAUGCACGCUGCUGCACGUUGCAUACGGCGGGACGAUUCUCUCGUGGUGUUUCCGGGGUUUUUUCUUUUUUCUCUAUUUUGUCUAGGUGAAGGGACGUCGGACCCUCGCUAGGCGGCUGCGGCGGCGGCGGCGG